AGCUUUCAAAUCCAUAAGUUUUCACUUGUUUCUACCAAGUUAUUGCAUAUCAGAGCUAUCUAGCUAAUCAUGGUUGCUAUAGCACAGAUGAACAGCAUGCUGAUGAAGAUAAAGCCAUACUUGGCUAUGGUGUUUUUGCAGUUUGGAUUUGCAGGAAUGUUUAUCAUUGUCAUGAUUGCAAUGCAGAAAGGCAUGAGUCAUUGGGUGCUUGUGGUCUAUCGUCAUCUGCUUGCCACGUUAGCUAUUGCUCCAUUUGCUUUUGUUCUUGAAAGGAAAAUACGGCCAAAGUUGACAGUUUCGGUGUUUCUCAAAGUAAUGCUCCUGGGAUUACUAGAGCCAGUAAUAGACCAGAAUUUGUACUAUGUGGGGAUGAAGUUCACCUCUGCAACAUUUGCAUCUGCCACCAACAAUGUCAUCCCAGCUCUUACCUUUGUUAUGGCAAUCCUUUUCAGGAUGGAAAGAGUUAACUUGAAACAAAAACCCGGGCUAGCGAAGGUUAUUGGAACAUCACUUACAGUUUCUGGAGCAAUGUUAAUGACUUUGUACAAAGGUCCUGUAGUCGAUAUCUUUGGCUACUCCCCUGGAUCUGGCCACCAAAACUCUAGUGCUACAUCCUCUGCUCAGCAUUGGGCCGCUGGAACACUAAUGCUACUUCUCUGUUGCGUUGGUUGGUCUGCUUUCUUUAUUGUUCAAUCAAUCACAUUAAAGGAGUACCCUGCGGAGCUGUCAUUAACAAGUUUAGUAUGUUUUAUGGGGAUGGUAGAAGGUGGCAUUGUCGCUCUUGUCAUGGAACGUGACAUGACUGCCUGGGCUAUUGCUUUCGAUUUCAGACUUCUAGCUGCUGCUUAUUCUGGAGUGGUUUGCUCUGGAAUCGCGUAUUAUGUGCAGGGUUAUGUGAACAAAGUAAAGGGUCCGGUCUUUGUGACAGCUUUCACCCCUCUGUCAAUGAUAAUUACUGCAAUUCUCGGUGCCAUCUUAUUAUCAGAGCAAGUCCAUCUUGGAAGCUUGCUCGGAGCUUGUGUCAUAGUCAUUGGCCUUUACUCAGUGGUGUGGGGAAAGAGCAAAGAUGAUCAAAUCUUAACAAGUGAAGAACCAAGUAAACUCAAUACCGAGUUACCAGUAGUUCAGGAAAAUAGUAUAACUAAAUCAGCUCAUGACAGUCUCAAUGGACCAUUCAUGCUCCCAAAGAUUAAUGUAGUGAAGAUUUCUGAUUCAGGAGAGCCAUAGAGUUUAUACAUUUGUUUGUAUCACUUAGGUUGUGUUCACUUCAUGUGAAAUUUUUUUUAUGAAGAAAGAAGAAUGUAUGAGAGAAUACUGAAUGAACACGAUUGAAUCUAAGUUUUCUAUGAUGAAGAUUGUAGGGAAAAUGGUGAGCAACUGGAAUGGGGCAUUGAGUUAAAAUUCUGGUUCAGUUGUUUCUUGUUUGUAAUGCAAUGAAAGGACUGAAAUUACACA